CAUUUAAAACAGAACGGAGGAAGUAUAUAUAUAUAUAUAUAUAUAUUUCUUUGAUUUAAUUUGUGCACCGGCUGGAAAUGAUAGCACAUUUUAGUUCUGGGUUUCCCUGGUUGGCAAAUGAAAUGCAGACAUGACCGAUACACAAAGAGUUUGGGAGCUAAUGUGGGUCACUUUGCUUAUUUGACAGCUCCACACAUUAACAUAUAACAACUUAGUACUUCAGAUUGUGAAAGCGAAGGUUAAGCAUGUGGGUAGAUAGAAAAAGACCACAUAACUAAGAAAUGUGGAACAAUUAAGGUAAGAUUAAUUAAAGACAGUUGUGAAAGAGUUUUGUGGAGAAAGUUAAUUACAUAGACUACCCAAAAACAUAAGAAGAUAGAGAGGAAGAAUUUUCUUCUUUUUUUAUUUUUAUAUUUAUUUAGAAGAGGAAAAGGUUGAUGAGGAAGCCAUCACCACCAUCACCAUCAUCGACGACGAGGAGGCUGCAGGCAGGGUGCAGUAGCAGUAGCAGCAAGGUUGGCAUAAAAAUGAAGAAGGGACCUUGGACAGCUGAGGAAGAUGAGCUUCUGAGAAGUUACAUACUCACCCAUCAAAAUCAAAACGGCAAAGUGGGUGGUUGGCGUACUGUACCGCAGCGUGCUGGCCUUCUGCGCUGUGGCAAGAGCUGUAGGCUACGCUGGAUGAACUACUUGCGUCCCAAUCUCAGGCGUGGUCUCUUCUCUUCUGACGAGGAGGAUCUCAUCCUUCGCCUUCAUCGCCUCCUCGGAAACCGAUUAAGGUGGGCGCUGAUAGCUGGCAGGAUUCCAGGAAGAACAGAUAACGAGAUAAAGAACUACUGGAACACUCAUCUUUCCAAGAAGCUCCUUUCUCUUGGCAUUGAUCCUCUCACUCACAAACCCCUCAAUCCUCCUCCCAUCAACGCCGCCACCAUUGCUACCACUGCCAGGAAGAAUAUUCAUCAUGAGUUCGUAACAGCAGCCACUGCUCAUGCAAACCCUAAUCAUUGGAAUGAUACUAAUAAUAUCCCUCUCCCUCCUAAUCAUAUCACUGCUGCUGCUACUACUGAUCUUCUUGCUACCAGUAGUACUGCUAUUCCUCAUCAAAACGACCUACCAUAUCAUGACAAUGAUUAUAUGACAAACUACAUCUACAAAUAUAAUAAAGAUGAUAAUUAUGAUCAUAAUAUUGAUGAUGUUGAUCAUGGUGUCUUUUCCUCCUUCUUGGACUCCCUUAUCAACUAUGAUGACAUGUCGUCUGAACCAACUUUUCACCAUAAUGAUCAUGAGCAUGAAGAUCCCCUUCAUCCAUGCAUCCAAUCGCCCCUUAAUACACCACCACUUACCCCCAUGCCUAAUGCAGCAGGAGGAGGUACUUCAGAUAGCAAAAAUGACAUCUUCAUCGAUCAUAUCCCAUCUUCCCAUGAUUAUGGUCAUGAUGUUGAGGCUCUAGCUCAUGAUGAUGAUGAUCCUCCACUCAUCAUGUCUGUAUCUUCCACUGCAUCAUCAAUUGCAGACAGAUCAGAUUUCAAUCUUAAAUCACAGAAGGAUCGUACCAGCUAGUCGGCUCUCCUAAAUCAAUAAUGGUCCAAUUGCUAUAAUAACAUUUGUAUGUAUAUCAUGCUAUAUUCAUAUUGCAAUAGAAUCUUACGACUAAGGUGUAAUUGCUUAUUUUUAUUGUCAAUCAAAGAAAAACCCAUGUCAUUUCAUUAUGUA